AAACCGCAGUUGCUAAUGGAGACCGAUCCCCCAAGCUCUGAGAAUCCUGAUCAAGUGAUCUGGACCGCAGAUGAUCAGGGACCAACCCAUGUCCGAUCCUACGAGUGUACCUUUUGCAAGAGAGGCUUCUCUAAUGCUCAAGCACUAGGUGGCCACAUGAACAUCCAUAGAAAAGAUCGAGCCAAGCUCAAACAACCGUCCAACGAUUACCAACUUGAGGUGGGCCACACCAAAAGAGAUCCAAAUCCCUUGUACGGUCCGAUCUUGACCGAUCUUAUGUUAGAAUCUGAGCCCUCCGAUGACCAUCUCCGUUGCACUAUCGAGUGGCCCCGGGCGCAUCCAAGCGAAGAUGGGCCCACCGUAGGUGGAACCCAGAAAGGGGAGCUCCGGCAGCUUCCGUUGUUCGUUGAUGCUCCAAUGGGAAGUGAUGAUCGGCGAUUGGUGGGCCAUGGAAGAGAUGAUGAACGGAGGACAGAAUCGAGACAUAGCCCAGUUGGGGCAGAUUUGGACCUUGAACUUCGACUGGGGCCUGAGCCUCAUGACUUGUCAUUGGGUGGACACAAGAAAUCCCCUUGAUUGAGGCUUUAUUGGAUGGUUUGGAUUUGUUAGAAAGGUGUGGUCCUUCUUCCCUUGUUAUAUGAUGAUAUAUAUCGUUUUGCCUGCCAAAAAAAAUACAUUGUAGAUAUCUUCGUAGAAAAAAGAGUAUGUAUUAGUUUCAUGUUUUUGCAUGUAAUCCGUCAUAUGCUUCCUUUCUUAUGUGUAUUUUGAUUUUAUUUUAUUUUUUUGAAAUAAUGAAAUACCCAUGUUGGAUUGUUUUGAGAUCAUUUUGGAGAUUGAAAUUUUAAGGAAAAACCAAUGCUUGGUUGUUCAUUUUUACCUCAUUUUGUUUGCAAUGUGUGCAAGGAUUAAACAUGAUACUUUACCUAAGGUUGUGUUUGGUUGCAGGGAAGAUAUCGUGAAAUUUCAUUAUAUUUCAUGAUUAAUCAAUCUAAUUUGUAGAAGAUAUAAUGAAAAUUUGUGAUAUUAGAUGUAACCAAAUGCACCCUAAAUAAGAACCAAAAUCACGGGUCUACCAAAUUGGAUAAUUUUCACUCUAUUUCUUCAAUUAGGUUUUUAAUUAAUGAUUGGGUGAGA